AUGCUACGGCAUUAUGGCCGGCUUGGAAUUAUAACAGCUGUGUUGGUCAUAUUCUUGAUACUACUUAGUCUAAGUUCACUGCAGACUUCACAAGCAUCGUUGGGCGCGACGUCGCAUCUAUCAGGGGAAGAGAUAUUGGGUUCGAAGUUCGGGGAGGCAUUCGCUUCGAAGCAUGACACUCCCAAUGCGCCUGGGGUGGUGACAGCUCCCGAGCGAGAGCAGGAGGGGUCGUCUCAAGAGACGCUGCCUGAGAACGCGCCGCUCGACGAAGAGACGAAGCCUGAGACCACGCCCCUCGACGAAGCGACGAAGCCUGAGAAUACGCUGCUCGAUGCAGAGACAAAGUCCCCGGAGGACACAGCGCCUGAUAACGCAUCCAAGAACGAGGAGGACACCGACGACUCAUCCUUGAGUGAAACAAUCGCCGACACAGAAGAAGAGGAGCACGUAGUGAAAACACCUACAAGCAAGAUCAUCGUGGUCGGCCAACUCAGUAGCGAGAACACGAACUGGGUCAGAGAAGAAAUGCUAGAAUGGCAAAACGCAAUCUACUACGUCGACCUCCCCGACAACGCCACAUCCCCCAGCGGUCUCAAGACCAAGAUGAACAAGGCCAAAGAAGCCACGCCAUACCUCACAUACAUCGUCGACAACUACCCCGACUUCCCCGACGUCAUGGUCUUCAUCCACGCCCACCGCAGAGGGAUGCCCGAAGCAUGGCACAACGACGCACCCAACUACGACGCCGUGAACAUGCUCAACGCGCUCCGCCUCGACACAGUCUUGGACAGGGGAUACGUCAACCUCCGCUGCAACAACGAAGUCGGCUGUCCCGACGAAGUCCAACCCUUCCGCGACCCGCCCUCCGAUGACAAAGAGGCCGAACACGCGUACCCCUACGUCUACGCCAAUUUCUUCAACGCCACCUUCGCCGAAAUGAAGGAGCAGAUCCCCAUCGUGGCGACGCAGUGCUGUGCGCAGUUUGCCGUGAGCAAGGAACAGAUGCUGCAGAAGCCGAAGAGCGAGUAUGAGCGCUAUUUGACUUUUAUUGAGGAGACGCAUUAUGACGAUGAUGUAGCCGGGAGGGUAUUGGAGUAUAUGUGGCAUAUUAUCUUUGGGCGGGAGGCGGUGCAUUGUGAGAACGUGUUUGAGUGUUGGUGUGCGGUGUAUGGGCGGUGUAGGCAGAGCGCUGGGGCGGGGAGGUUGAGCCAUCACGGGGGCGGUGCUUUUGGGCCUUGA